GUUUUGUCUCCUCGCUGUUUUCGUUCAGCCUUUGCGAUAUUCUCGAUCUGCAUUCCUUCCUCUUUCAUGAAUCGUUAUGGAGAAAUCUCGCAACACCAACUUCAAUGUCGCCGCCUCCAACCAAUCUCAACCACCUCUUCCUCAAGGGAACAAGCAGGUUCAUAGACAGCGACAACAUCCGAAUCUGUCUCCUGGUUCUGGUUCUGGUUCAUGCGGUGGUGGGGUUGCUGACAAAGAUUCGUUUUCAUUCAAAUUCGGGUGGAGAUCUUCGAAACCGUUGUGUGGGACUCCAAUUAAGAAGUUAUUAGCUGACGAGAUGUCACCAAAAACUGAAUCCAAAAGAAGAUCCCCUGGGGUUAUUGCUAGAUUGAUGGGUCUUGAUGGGCUGCCAUUCCAGCAGCCUACUAAUAAGCAGCAGAAGGGUUUCUCAGAAAACCAUCUACAGAAGACAACACAAUUAGACAAAACACUCAGCAGAGGAGCGCCAUAUGAUGGCCGAUCGUCUAGGAGAAGCCCCAAAGAUCAGCAAGAAUUUAAGGAUGUAUUUGAGGUGUCGGAGAUUUCAAAGGUGGAGAGCAGUAGGUAUGCAUCACAGGCAUGCGCCGACUUGAAGACCACUGAGGCAGAAAUGUCAUUCAUUGAACAGAAGUUCAUGGAUGCGAAACGCCUUGCGACUUAUCAGGAUUUACAGUCUUCAAAGGAUUUCCGUGACACACUUGAGGUUUUGGACUCUAACAAGGAUCUUCUGCUAAAAUACUUCAAGCGGCCAGAUUCUUUGUUUAAAAAGCAUCUAAAUGAUCUGCAAGCUUCUCCUCUCCAAUCACAUAUUAGUCAUGUAGAAGCUAUGAAUAUUGAGAAGUGUGAACAUGACUUCAAUCAGAGGUCAGAUAGGGAGAAAACCCAGAUGAACUACAAUAGAUCUCACCAUAGGCAUCACAAUGGUUAUCCUUGUCGUUUUGAAAAAAGACAUGUGAUGCAUAGUUUACCAAAAUCGUCAAAGCUUCAGUUGAAGGGUAGAUAUGAACAAGAUGCAGUCCCCACAAAGAUCGUUGUACUAAAACCUAAUCUUGGAAAAGUGCAGAAUGGUACCAGUAUCGUAUCAUCUCCUUGUUCUUCACAUAAUUUUUUGUCAGGGCAUGUAAAUGACCCUGAAUUUUCAGAUGUUAGAUUUAGAGACACUGAACUGUAUAAAGCAACAAAUUUGCCUGAAAGUGCCAGGUGUUUGAGGCUGGAUUCUUUUGAAUCUAGAGAAAUUGCUAAGGAAAUCACUAGGCAAAUGCGAAAUAGUCUGAACAAUGGUUGUGUGAUGUUUUCCUCCUCUAGAUUUAGAGGAUAUACUGGGUAUGACAGUUCAUGUACUGUUUCUGGGGAUGAAUCUCCUGAGGAAUCAGAGAAAACAACUGCAACUUUGGGAAAUUCGUUUGACUUAAAUAACCAAGGCAGGCGACCAUCCCAUUCCAGUGAAUCUUCUGUCAGUAAAGAGGCAAAGAAGAGAUUAUCAGAGAGGUGGAAAAUGACGCACAAGUCUCAAGAGGUUGAAGGCAUCAGUAGGAGCAACACACUGGCUGAAAUGCUUGCCAUCCCUGAUAAGGAAAUGAAGACUGAAAAUAUUGACAGUAUGGCCAGUGGGCAUGGGUUCCAUGAUAAAUUUUCACCCAAUGGGGAACCCGCUGGAUUUGUUGAACCAUUGGGUAUCAGCAGCAGGGAUGGUUGGAAGGACGGAUGCAUUGGAAGUUUGUCAAGGUCAAAGUCUCUUCCUACUUCAUCUACUGCCUUUGGAAGUCCUCAAACAUACUCGCACACUGAAGCACUUUCUGAUUAUCGAUUUAUGGUGCCUAAGGAAGCCCAUAAACGUGAGAGGAAAAGAGCAACAAAGAAUUUUGAUCAUAGGCAUAGUGUGAAUACUAGAAGUACAAGAUCUUGUCACAAGAAGUCUAGGUCUUUGCAUUCAUCAAAGCUAGAAGAUAAUGAGUUCUCUUCGGGCUUGAAUACAAUUCAGAAUAAAGUGAAGAUCACUCUUGAAGAUUCACCCAAGCUAGAGGAUCUGGCUGGUGAACCUCAUGCUGAGACCCUAAGAGAUGCAAGUUCCGUUAUUGAUGACGUUGUAGAUGGGGCACAUGAAAAUUUAGUUGGAUCUUCUGAACCUUCUCAUAAGGACAUAGCAGCAGUGUCUUCUGGUGGAGGUUCUGUCCUCUAUGAACCUCCUGUACCUGGACAUGAAUCUUCGUGUAGUAAAGAUGCUGAUCAACCCAGUCCUGUCUCAGUCCUAGAACCUUCUUUUACAGAUGAUCUGUCGUCUUGUUCUGAAUGUUUUGAAAGUCUCAGUGCUGAUCUACAAGGGCUGCGAAUGCAACUCCAAUUGCUGAAGUUGGAAUCUGAAGAAUGUAUAGAUAGACCCGUGUUAAUAUCUUGUGACGAAGAUGGUGGGGAAGCAUCUGCUGGAAUGCUAGAAGACGAUCGAUUGCUUAAAACUGAAGAUAGCUGGGAGUCUUCAUACAUUAUUGAUGUCUUGUCUGAAUCUGGCAUUGAUGGAGCUCAGCCGGAUUCAAGUUGGCAUUCUCUAGAAUGCCCUGUGAGUCUUUCGGUGUUUCAUGAACUUGAGAAGAGGUACUGUGAUUGGACUAUUUGUUCAAGGUCUGAAAGGAGAUUGCUUUUUGAUCGAAUAAAUUCAGGAAUUGUCGAGAUCCAUGAGCAAUCGACCUGUGCACAACCAUGGGUGGGUCCAACAACCAUAAACAUUACUGGAUUUAAAUUGAUUAAAAAUGGGCUCCGAGAUUGUCUUUACAGGAUGCUAGGGAGCCAAUGUAAAGUAAAGGAUGACGCUUUGGGGAAGCUGCUGGUUAUGGGACCUCAGUGGUUGGACUUGAAAGAUGACAUCGAUGUAAUUGGCAGUGAAGUUGAGAGAUUGAUAUUAGAUGAUUUAGUGGCAGUGAUAGUCGGUACCGAGAAAUUUUGUACCCUAGAGCGUAUGUGUUCUUUAAUGUAA